AUGACCUCUCCUCGUGCAAAACUCACCAAUCGAUUGCAGACUCUUUGUACUGAACAUGACUUAACUUGGGAUGAACAAUUAGCAAAUGAUAUUCCACGAAAGUGGCGUAUUCAUGGCGAUAUGCUUCUCCUUCCGUCAUCGCGUUGUUUUGUUGAUCCUCGAUGGACAACACAUAUACCAUCAGAUCUGUUUUGGACGACGGUAGCUCAAGCAUUUGGCUCAUCAAUCAAACGCAUUGCUUUCGAAGGCGCAAUUAAAAAUGACGACUUUCGAUCACCAACCACACGACUAGUACUUGGCAGUGAUCCGUGGGUACAUUUAGUCGAGAACGGUGUAAAGUUUUCAUACAAUGUGGAUAAAAGUAUGUUCUGUGCUGGUAAUAAUACGGAACGAAUGAGAAUGGGUCGAGUAACUUGCGUGAAUGAGACGAUCGUUGAUUUAUAUGCCGGAAUCGGAUAUUUCACAUUACCAUUUCUCGUCCAUGGACAUGCGCGAUAUGUGUAUGCUUGUGAAUGGAAUCCUGAUUCCUUGGAAGCCUUGCGUCGUAAUCUCGAAGCUAAUCAUAUCGAUCAAGAUCGUUACACACUCUUACUAGGAGAUAAUCAAAAGACAUGUCCCGUGGGUGUCGCUGACCGGUGUAAUCUCGGUUUAAUUCCAUCGUCGGAAGCCAGCUGGUCAAUCGCCUGUCGAGCGCUUCGACGCGAAGGUGGACGGCUACAUGUGCAUGGUGUAGCAAAUACCAAAGAAGAAACGCAUGAACAAUGGAGUGAAAAUGUUCGACAACGUAUUAGAACUCUGAUGAAAGAAGUUCAUUCUGAUGAUGAUGAUUAUCAAUGUGAUAUUGAACAUAUCGAAUGUGUUAAACCGUAUGGACCUCGUUUAGAUCAUCUUGUUGUCGAUCUAUUGUUGACGAGAAUCGAUUGUUAA